CGCUCACCUCGUCAUUGUUAUUAUACCGUGCACCAGCUCUCCCAUCGGCAUUGGUCUCGAAUAUACAUCAACAUCAUCAUUUCGCCAGUCGCCACUGGUCGCGCGAGCUCCAUCAUGACCACCUCGGCACGUCCAAUGUACAGCAUUCCCAUCAAGAACCGGCCCGAGGGGUAUGGCUCAUGGGUGGCCAAGAUAUUCUUCCCCAUCGUGUUCAUGCUGGGAUGCUUUGGGAUGGGCACUUCCCAAUGGCUCUUCAUGCCGCUACUCCUCAUCCCUUCUGGCAUCGGGCACAAGCUGUUCAACGAAGCCAUCGACUGGACCAAGGAUGGCUUUGGGAGGCUCCUGAUUGUUAUUACGGUUCUCUUUGCCCCAACGUCGCUCGUGAUCACCACCGAUGAGUCGAUCGAUGACACCAAACUCGUAGAGCGAGACAGCAAGGGCCAUGUUACGCGCAUCAACCUCCCAGACAGGCUCGUCCUCAUGGCCAACCACCAAGCUCAUGUCGACUGGAUCUAUUUGUGGAUCUUGGCUUGCUACGCUGGACACGCGGAGGGGAUCACCAUCCUCCUCAAGUGGAGCCUACGCCAGGUGCCAAUUGUUGGGUGGGGAAUGCGCAACUUCAGAUUUAUCUUUCUCAAAAGAUCAUGGGCUGCCGACAAGGACAACUUGACACAUUCCUUGCAACGCCUGGCCAGCGAGGCCAAGUCGGGCGAUUCGAACCAAGCCUCUGGCAAGAAGGGCUCCAAGCGAUCGCCACUGUGGUUGUUCGUGUUCCCCGAGGGUACUAUCCCGAGUGAAGACGAGCGCCCGAAGAGCGCAAGCUACGCCAAGAAACAGGGGGUUGACGACUUUGUUGGCCUUCUUCAUCCUCGCUCAACCGGCCUGUUGUUCUGCCUGCGAACGCUUCUGCCGUCGGUACCCGACCUCAAGCUACUCGAUGUCACGGUCACGUACCCAGAGAUCCCGUUUGGAAAGUACCCGCAAGACUGGUAUAGCCUGCCGUCUAUCUUCUUCCGUGGAGUGGCGCCGCCAACCAUUCGUUUGCACCUCCGCCUCUACUCGGACCUGACUUCGCCCAACUGUGCGAUCCCAUCACUCAAGGCUGCACGCACUGCCGAUGGGUUGGCGUCAGAGGCCGAAACCCGAGCAUUUGAACUGUGGCUUCGUCAGCGCUGGCAGGAGAAGGAGGCUAGACUGGAGCAGACUUCGAAACUGUCGCCAUUCGAAGCAGAGGGAGGAGGGUCAAAGGCACAGGUGGUGCCCAUCCGUCAACUGAGUGCAUACUCACACUGGUUCUCUGCCUUUGGCGGGGGAGGCAUAGGGCUGGCGGCGGCCAGCAUGGCCGCCGUGAGCGACCGAUUUACUACUUGACUCGUCUGAGGAGGUGAAGUCUGCACGGCCGUCGAGAAAUCUGGCCACAUGUACACAUAGAGUGAGCGACCAGGGGGCUUUUGGCGCCCAGUGUUUGCUCUUUUGUAAUCAUUGAUCUUGCU